CGGUGGGCAGUCUGUGUGGGGCUGAAGAAAUGCCGUGGGUCCAGUGCCUAUGCCAGGAGACCAUGACCACUGAUGAGGCCACCAAGACGGAAGGGGAGGUGCAGGCAGUGGCCCUCACUGAGCGCGGGGAGGACAUCACACCAGCUCAAGACCGAGGGGUUCUGAAGAUCAUUAAGCGACCUGGGAGUGAAGAUGAGUCUCCCAUGAUCGGGGACAAGGUUUAUGUCCACUACAAAGGCAAACUGGCCAAUGGUAAAAAAUUUGACUCCAGCCGUGAUCGGAAUGAGCCCUUUGUCUUCAGCCUGGGCAAGGGUCAGGUAAUCAAGGCAUGGGACAUUGGGGUAGCUACCAUGAAGAAGGGAGAGAUCUGCUACUUGCUCUGCAAGCCCGAUUAUGCAUACGGCUCUGCUGGCAGUGCCCCCAAAAUCCCCUCCAAUGCCACCCUCUUUUUCGAGGUUGAGCUGCUUGACUUCAAAGGCGAGGACUUGUUUGAGGAUGGAGGAAUAAUCCGAAGGAUCAAGAGAAAGGGGGAAGGUUACUCCAACCCUAAUGAGGGUGCCACUGUGGAGAUUCAUCUGGAGGGAUUCUGUGGUGGCAGAAGGUUUGACUGCAAAGAUGUGAAGUUCAUUGUGGGCGAAGGAGAGGACCACGACAUCCCCAUCGGCAUUGACAAAGCCCUGGAGAAGAUGCAGAGGGGAGAGCACUGUAUCCUCUACCUCAGCCCACGGUAUGGCUUUGGCGAGGCAGGGAAGCCAAAAUAUGGCAUCCAGGCGAAUGCUGAGCUGGUGUACGAGGUUACACUGAAAAGCUUUGAGAAGGCCAAGGAGUCGUGGGAGAUGGACACCAAAGAGAAGCUGGAGCAGGCUGCUGUCGUCAAGGAGAAGGGCACAAUGUACUUCAAGGAAGGCAAGUACCUGCAGGCAGUGAUUCAGUAUGGGAAGAUUGUGUCCUGGCUGGAAAUGGAGUAUGGCUUGUCUGAAAAAGAGUCAAAAGCCUCUGACUCAUUCCUCCUGGCUGCUUUCCUCAACUUGGCCAUGUGCUACCUGAAGCUGCGAGAGUACGCCAAAGCUGUCGAGUGCUGUGAUAAGGCACUGGGACUGGAUCAGGACAAUGAGAAGGGCUUGUACCGGAGGGGCGAAGCCAGGUUAUUGAUGAACGAGUUCGAGCUGGCAAAGUGUGACUUUCAAAAAGUGCUGGAAGUGAAUCCACAGAACAAAGCAGCAAAAUCUCAGAUCUCUGUGUGCCAGAAGAAAACGAAGGAGCACAAUGACCGGGACCGGAGGAUCUACGCAAACAUGUUCACAAAGUUUGCAGAGAGGGAUGCAAAGGAAGCAGCUAGCAAAACCGGGGUGGAAAGAGUAGCAGAGAAGGCAGCUUGCGAAAAAGGACUGAAAACUCCUGGUGCUGAAGAUGAAGAGGCUGAAGGACACGUAUGAUGGAGGAGGAGGGGAUGGGAGAGCCUCCUGCCCUUGGCCCACACAGAAAAAGGUUUCUGCCAAACCUUGGAACUUGCCAGUGUUUUCUUGUAAAGCUUGUUACAGUUAGUGUGAUUGUGAAAGCAAAAAGAGCUCCGCAAAGAAAAACAAACCCUGUCCUACCGCCUGGGUGCGCUCGGGGACAGACCAGGAGCGGCGGAAUGCCAAGGGACCACCGCACGUGGAACAAAUAGCUUUUAAAGAGCAAGAAAAAGAAAAAAGUAAUAAAUUAAAACUCUUACAUCUU